AUGCGGAGGUCGUGGGCUGCUGCAACUUUCACUUGCGGGAGGGUGUCGGCGACGCCUACAUCCAGCAGGCCGCCCAAGGGCUCUUCAGGAAGCCGAGCGUCUCCUGAGCAACCGAAGCCUCCCCCCGGCCCUGAAUUGAGAGGCCAGGCUGGCUCUGCCCCGAGCAUUCCGACUGGAGAGGAGCUACCGGCUUCAGGGGAGGCCAUCGCGACAAGGGUGGCGCUGGCGCGGCCGUCGUCGGGGUCCCUGAGCGCCUCUGCUGAAAAGACGCGGAGGGAAUCCAGCUCUCGGCCAUCCCCUGGCCAGGCCCCGGAACCCCUCCCCGGGGUGCUAGGGAGUGCUGGGGAGGUCAUCGGGCAGCUUGAGGCGGCCAUCGCGGCGGAGAGGGCAAAGCUCAAAGAAGAGCACGCCGCCCUUGUUGAUGGAAGGGGCCGGCUGGAGGAGGCCCGCAAGCUCCUACAGACCCGUGUGGCCAUGGCCCGCAUGGCUUAUGAGAGGUCCCUGCAGGAGUUGACCACGAAGCGGGAGGCCUUGGAGGAGGUGCAGCAGGAUGCCGUCGCCGCACAGAAGGAGGUUGUGCUGCGCGAGAUAAACGCCGACCUGGCGUCAUCAGCGCUCAUCGCCUGGGAGGAGAGCCUCGCCAUCCAGGAGGCACGCGUGAUUGCCCGAGAGCAAGCCAUCGAGGCCCGAGCCGAGCAAAUGGAGCGGGCCCACACCGAGGUGGCUGCCCAAUUCCAGGAGGCACGGGUUGCGAAGGAUGUCACCGCCAACAACAAGGGUCUUGAAGCUUGGCUGAAGAACGCCGAGGAGGAUCUUAAUGCCGUCCGCCAAGAGCGGACGCAUGUUAAAGCGAUGAUACAGGACGGCUUCCGGCAGGCGCGGGGCUCCAUGGAGGCAGCCGGGCUCGGGUCUGUGACGGUGGUUUCCCAAGGGCUGGAUACACUAGGUCAUCUUGCCCUUGGGUUCUCGGAGAUCGCUCGGCGCCUCGAGGCUCUCCCCGCCACGGUCCAGGAACUGGCGACCCGGGAGUGCGCUGGCCCAGGAUGUGGCCAAACACAUUCUCGCCUGCUACCGCAGCCGAGACCCCGCCAUCCCGCUGGAGCCAACGUGGCAGGGCGUUGUUGA